GAGCACUUCAACGAACAUCAAUACCGAGAGCAGGCCGUGUUGUCAGCCUGCCCAAUGGCGGUCAGCGUGCUCAGAUGGCGUUACAUCUCCGAUUCUGGACGACAAAAACUGCCCGAGCACCGCUAUUCGGGCACCGAUAACUCACUGAUGUACAUUUACUUUUGCUCUCCUUUGGCGGACUGGCUCGUGCAAUUCUUCCCUCUUUGGCUUGCUCCGAAUGUGAUCACCCUUCUCGGCCUGGCCGUGUCUCUCUUGGGCUACUUGGUGGUGCAGUGGCACUCGCCCAGCUUCACUGAGCCCUGUCCGUCUUGGGUGUGGUUUCUUGCGGCGUGGUGCACAUUUACAUAUCAGACUCUGGACAACAUCGACGGCAAGCAGGCCCGGCGAACGGACAGUGCGUCGCCGUUGGGCCUCUUCAUCGAUCACGGUGCGGAUGGUUUGAACAUCGUGCUGUCCUCUUUGAACGUUUUGGCCCUGCUGCAGCUGGGUGCCCGAGCCUCGUGCUGGGCUUCCGUGGCGGUGUGGGCGGCCAGCUCCGUGCCCUUCUUCUCGGCGACCUGGGAGGAGUACUUCACCGGGACCUUGUAUUUGGGCGCCUUCAACGGGCCCACGGAUGGGGUGCUCAUCCUCUGCGCGGCGUAUCUGGCCACCGGCCUCCUGGGACAGGAGCUGUGGAGCGCGGAGGUCUUCUUCGGUUUUUGCGUGGCGGACGCCACCAUCGCCUUCUACGGCGUCUGCGUGUUGGUCACGGCGCUCGGGAAUCUCCGGUCCGUGUGGGAGGUGCAGCGCGCCAGGAAGCACUCCAUGCGCAGCGCGCUGGGCUUCACCCGGCCCUUCUGCGGGCAGCUGCUGGCGGCGUGCUCUCUCGGGCCCCGGCACCCGCAGGAAGUGGACCUGCGGAUCUGGUUUUGGUUCUUGGGGGCGUUCUUCCUGAUCUUGGUGUCGCUGCUUCAGCUGGCCCACGUUUGCAGCGAGAGCUACGUGCCAUGGCGCUGGAGCGUGUUGGCCCUGGCCGUGCUGGUGGCUGACAAGCUUGUCUCGCCCUUCGCGGAAAUGAAGCUGGCGAUGGCUUUGGUUUUGACCGCCUGGCUGCACUUGGUGCUCCACGCCAUUUGGGAGAUGGCGGAGAUCUUGCGGAUCCCCAUUCUCACGCUUUCUCGCUCGGGCGCGCCGAUGUUCCGGGCAUGGCUCCUGGCGGCGAUCCUGGUGCAGGCCUCGGCCCAGUGGGCUAACGCCACCCGAGGGGCAUUGCAGGCUUACUUGCACAGCAGAUUUGGUGCUUCUCCAAGUGUGAUGCCUGCCAAAGGAGACCCUGCGUUGGACCCAUGUCCUGUGCUCAAUGAUUGGCCGAACAAGCUGGAGAUCGACGUCCCCAGCCCUUGUAACCUCCUAGCGACCUCCGGCAGCUGGACAUCCUCUGAGAUCUCUUCCAGUGGAGCAGCAACUCCGCUGGUGAUGUCCUGGAUGCAGCAGUGCAGCGCCCUGGGCGGAGGCUUGGUGCCUGUCACCACCUACUCCCUUCCCAGCGGCGGCUUGUUUGGAACAUCGCAGAUGAUGCCGUCCUUGACCGGCAACACCUUGCGCUUGGAGGACUGCGUGGGAUACACGCGGUACUACUUGGAUGAGAAGGUCUACUACGUGCCUGGAGAGCCAGAUGCGCACGCCUGCGAGAUGUACCACUCUUGCGAUGGCUCAGUUCUCCUGCAGUUCAUCAUCAGAGACCAUGCAGGACGCAAGAUGGCUCACACGCCCUAUCUUCGGCUAUUCCAGAGCUCCUUCAACAUAGAGGACGCAAAUGGAUUGCUGGUGGCACAGGUUGAAAGGAUCGGGCACUGGAACCCCAUGUCGAAGGUUUGCUCGGGGCAGGCGCACAAGUGGUUGGUGAAGUUCCCAGAUUUGGGGGUGGCAGGUGCAUCAUCCAUCUUCCCUACGGCGGCUGAUAGAUGGCCGGUGGCCCAGCUGGUGACGGUGAUGGCCACCCGCGACGGAAGCCGCGGGGCCUCGGGCCUGGUGCACCCGGGGCUCUGCGAGGCGGAGAAGACCGGGCUCCUGGUAGCGUCUUUGGUCUUUGUGGUGGUGGCCGUCUCCGCGGUGGUUCUGCUGUUUGUGCGGGUGGGCAUCGCGCCCAUGCAAGUCUCAUGCCUGGACUUCGAAGCGCGCUUUUGCCCGAGGAGAAAGAAAGCCGCAUCAAACCUGCCCAAGUACACCUUCUGA